GAGGAAAUUUAAUCAGUCCAGUUCGCUGCCAACUCCAAUGCAAAUGCAAAAUGAAGAGCGUUCUGUGGAGCUUGAUUUUAAUUCUUCUUGUUGCUCUCUGCAGUGGAGAUACGAAAAAUGAUAAAAAUAAAAUGAAGGUCUAUCAAGUUCAGCUGACUGGAAGCAACUCUGCUCCGAUCAAAAUUCAAAUUUUGAAGCAACAGAGGAGGAAAAAUAUCAUAAAAUGUUGUGGAUUUAAAAAAUGUCUUCCUUCGACGACUACAAACGGGACGAAGUUAAAGACGACGACCAAUGGAAAAGCAAAAGCAAGCAUUUCAUCAUCAUCAUCGGGGGGACUUGGUGGAAUUUCAUCCUUUCGUACCACGACUGCGACAGCAGGAAGUGGUGGACUCGCUGACGGACUGAAUAAUCAGAAUCACAAGCCAACGGUUGACGUCAGUGGAGGAGAGAAAACUCAAGGUUCUGGUAGCUCCAAUGACGUCACGGACAGUGGGAACAAUGCGGACAAUGGGGGCAAUUUGGGCAGCGUGGACAGCAAUUCUCCUGCUGGAGGAGGAAUAGGUGGCGCAGGUGGUUCAAACAACAUUGCAUCAGGUGACGCAACAGCAGACCAAGGAAACGGUCAGGUCGGCGGCGACUCUUCGACGCCCUCAAGCGACGCGUCUUUAAAUCCUGCAGAUUCGUCUCAAAAUAAUGGCGCCGGUGGUGCCGUGACGGACGCUUUCGGCAACAUUGCGUCUUCCUCAGACACUUCAGCUACUGCAUUUCCUCCAGAUUCGAUAAACAAUGCUGCGAAAGUAACAGGAACUUCAGGAAUAAUUGGCGACCCUUCGGCUUCUGGAGCAAUUUCCAAUUUCUUCUCAUCAACUUCCAAACUGUCAGUGCUGGGCUCAAUUCCUCCAGGCUCAACAACUCCAGCGGACCCACAGCUGAGAACCUCUGCAACACCCGUUUCCCUUAAACCAGCAACCACUCCAGGAACAACCACCACUACGACAACAACCACAUCAACGACGACGCCUCCACCGUGUCGUUUGACUUGCACAGAUUUCAAUAAAUAUCUUCAGGAAAAUCCAACAGUGGCCCCUUCUUCAGCGGAUGGAUCGAUGCAAAAUGCAACAAAGUGCAAUAAUAGGCCGUACUACGUUUCUAAAGUCUCCGUGACGCGGAACGAGGCGGCGUUGCGAUGCAAAGCGAUGAGAAUGACGCUUCUGGCCGUCACUUCCUUCGAGGAAAUGGAAUGUCUGGGCAGUUUAAAAGAUGGAACCUUUUGGACGAGCGGCUCGAAUGAAGAUCCAAAAUGCGACGAAGAAAAGAAAUACGCGUGGUGCUCGACUGGUUUCAAUAUUUCGGACGGUCUCAUUUCGUCGGAUAAAUUUUGGUUGCCUCCCACCGUUGCUCCUCCCACCUUGGAACGCUGUCUGGCCGUCGUUUUAUCCGCCACCCCUCAAAAGGGGAUGGUGCACAAGAAAUGCGACGACGCCCUGCCCUUUAUUUGCCAACACCCCGUCGAUUGUCCCAAGGAUUGCUUUAAAGAUGUUUGUGGAGAGAAAAUUACCGCCCUGAAGUUAAAUAAAACUUCUUACGGAUUUUGGAUUAACAUCGGAAGCUACACGUAUCUUUUGGGGAAUAAGCCGAUGAAUUUUUUGGAAAAUUAUCGGCAGUGCUGUGCAUUGGGAAUGGAAACCCUGAACCUGGACUCGGCGGCGGAGCAAUUAGGCCUCACAAACAUGUCGCUGGUUUUCAAAAAUGACUGGAAGGCGAAUUUUAACUAUUGGACCUCAGGCACGUGGAGAGGCUCUCCAGCGGGCCAUUUUUCAUUUUGUGAGCCGUUCGGGCCUGCUGUUUUCCCUCCAAAUCUCACCUGGCAGCGCGGACAGCCCGACAAUAAGGGUGGAAACGAAAGCUGCGUCCAUUUCCGCUUUGUUUUGAACUCCACGGGAACCAUUAUGACCGAUAGAAGUUGCGACUACAAGUACAUAUUCGCGUGCAAGGGAAACUGGACAACCGCCACUCGCCAAUGCUGCAGUAUCGGAAUGAACCUUGCGUCGAUCGAAUCCGCUGGAAAAUUGGGUUGCUUUUCCAAAAUCGUGGAAAAAUUCGGCACGGAGUCUUACGGCGACUUCUGGCUGUCCGGCACCGACCUGGGGUGUCCUUCAGACUUCUGGUGGUGCUCCCUGAACAGGGGAAUCAUCAAUUCCGAACUAAAGUGGAAAACGGGACACCCGAAAUCAGGACUGGACUGCAUUUAUCUCGAAUCAAGGAAUGGAUCUGUCCUCUUGGCCUCUGCAGAUUGCACAGAGGAAAAAAAGUAUUUGUGCGAAGCCAGAAAAAAGGCGACGGUCCAAAAAGGAACUCAGGGCGAGUGCGCUGAAAUCUGGAACAUCACCCCCCAGGAAAUCGACCUCUUAAUGAACGCUACCUUGCUUCUCUCACCAACCACCACCAUCUCUUUAGAUCUGAAAUGCUUUUUAAAAUGCAUGGGAGUUGAGUUUGGAAUGUUUGACCUGGGAAUGUUGAGCAACAUCGCAACUCUGCGGCAGAUAGAAUUAGUGACCAUGGACGAUCCUGUCAAAAUGGAGCAAGGAUUUACUGCUUUCGACGCGUGCAGCGGCAAAAAGUUUGACGACGAGUGCGUGACUGCCUACGAGACGUACAAGUGCGGCCAAGAAAAGGCGCCGGAUUUGGUCACGAAAAUUGUCAAAAAUAAUUUCGAUAAUGGAACUGAAUAUUCUCCCCCGACACCGUGCGUUCCACCCCGUCGAACUUGUUGGCUUACGGAUUCGAUUCCCUGCCAAGCAAACCAAACUAUCAUUGACACACUGUUCACGAAUAAAAAAGACGAUUACGGAUAUCUGGCGACUUAUAAAGGAGAUUUGAAUUUGUACAUUGCAUUUAUGGAUUAUUCUAGACGCGUGAAUCCGGUAAACGCGUACAAAAGCUGCUGUGCACGAGGAAUGCGUCUCUUGGAACCUGAAACAAGGGGAGAAAUGGAAAACAUUAUAAAAGCAGCUUCACUUGAACCUUGGAAUGAUCAAAGAGUGACCAUCGGCGACACAAGGCAGAUCAACCAGACGCACGAGGUGUGGUGUCGCAGCGGACAGAUGCUUUCUUACGACAUAUACUACACGGCAAGUAUGAUAUUUCCAUGCUGGCAGUCGGUGGUCAGCUUGUGGGCGAGAAUGUGGUAUAUUGUCCCCGUGUACGAAGAAAACAAGAACAUUUACGAGAACUAUCUCAACGGCACCAUUAAUGAGCCAACAUUUUUUUCCUUUAUUUGUAUCAAACCGUAGUUGAAACAAGAGUUUUUCUGUAAAAAUUAUUCGGUGUGGGUUGAACAAUCAUAAAAAUACACUCGGAUUUUUCUUUAUUCUGCUUUAUACUGAGAAGGAAUGCAACGUUUUGAUUGAUUGGUGAUUUGUUUAGAGGAUUUUAAAUGUUUGAUUAAAAAAUUGGCACAUU